AUGGACAUCCAGUUCUGGGAAGUGAUCUCCGACGAACAUGGUAUUGAUCCAACAGGAAGUUACCAUGGUGACUCCGAUCUUCAACUCGAGCGUAUCAAUGUAUAUUAUAACGAGGCCAGUGGUACAAAGUACGUUCCACGAGCAAUCCUAGUGGACCUUGAACCAGGAACAAUGGACAGUGUCCGAGCAGGUCCUUUUGGUCAACUCUUCCGUCCAGACAACUUCGUGUUCGGACAGAGCGGAGCUGGUAACAACUGGGCAAAGGGUCAUUAUACAGAGGGCGCUGAGUUGGUUGACGCUGUUCAGGAUGUUGUUCGAAGGGAGGCCGAAUGCUGUGAUUGCCUCCAAGGCUUUCAGCUGACCCACUCACUUGGUGGUGGAACUGGUUCUGGAAUGGGCACUCUACUCAUCUCUAAGAUCCGAGAGGAGUAUCCCGAUAGAAUGAUGAUCACUUUCUCCGUUGUGCCAUCUCCAAAGGUUCAUUUCAAUUUAAAUGAAUUUAAAAUGAAAACACGGGGUCUGGGUAACCAGUUUAAUCCACCAACGCUUGUCAACAUAAAAUAA